AUGCAGAUGGAGGGCCUUCGCAAACUCCAGCACCUCCCGUUGCGGUACCACGGAGCAUGGAAUUGUUUUGCCUCACUCUAUAGAACUCAAGGUUUCUUCGGUUUGUGGCUCGGAUGGAUACCUAACUGUCAGCGUGCCGCUCUCUUAAAUAUGGCCGACAUUGCAACUUAUGAUUAUGUUAAACAUAAACUGCUUGGAGACUACGAACUACCGGACAACUGGAUAACGCACGCAUUAGCAAGCGCAUGCGCAGGCCUAUCUGCCGCUAUAGUUUCACUUCCAUCUGAUGUGGUGAAGACAAGAAUGAUGGAUCAAAUAAGGCACGAACUGGAUAGAAAAAUGGCUCAUGUGCAGAGUAAGCAUGUACCGCUCUACAAUGGCUGCAUAGAUUGUUUUGUGAAAAUAGUGCGACAUGAAGGAUUCUUCUCGUUGUACAAAGGUUUUUUGCCAAGUUACAUACGGAUGGCACCUUGGUCGCUCACGUUCUGGGUGUCCUAUGAGGAAAUCCGCAAAUUUGUUGGAGCCCCUAGUUUUUAG